AAAUGGCAGAAACCGAUUGACAUGUCUGCGAUUUUCGUAGUUUAUUUUUGGGUACAAUAAUUACUGCCUUUGUACUUUUUUGGAGUGCUAAUGUGUUACUUUAUAAAGCAUUACAUUUAUUAACCGUGCAUAUAAAUCAAGUAAUACUAAGGUGAACAUGACGCAGUAUGUUGCAAUUCUUUGAAGAAAAUAACUUUGGCAUAAUGAUAACAAAAGAUGUAAAAAAAUCAACCUUGUAUCCCUACGAGUUCGUUUUCGUCACAUGUGUAUUGUAGAGAUUAACGAGUCAUGAUUAUUGGCGGCCGCGAAAGUGCGAGAAAGCAUACGUAACUGGUGCAAAAGUGGUUUCAGUGAUUGUGACGUCACGUACUCGAAAAUACGCUGUUUAGUGUGUAAAUAAGUGUCGUCCGGAUGCGCGGCGGCUCGCGCGCGCUCUCCGGUGUCCUGGGCAGGGCGCUUUUCGCGGCGUGAGGCUCCGCGAGGAUGGGCGGCGAUGUCUGCCCCGACCGAGAGCGCCGCCAGCCUCUCCGCCUGUGCCUGCACUAACAUAUCGCUUAUGCAACUGUUCCACGAGCUGAAGCAGAAGUUCCCGAGCGUACCCGACCAUGUUGUGUCUAGCACCAUCGAGCUGUACUGCCACGACAAGCAAGCCUGUGAGACCCAACUGCACAGCGAAGUCAAGGCCUCCCUAACGCACGCGUACCACGCGUCGUCGUCUGCCGCAGCGCGCCACCACGAAAACAAGCUCAGCGCCCCGGCCAAGUGCCGGAACCAGCCCAUAUUCAAGCAUGAGGCUCCCAAAUUAACUGCCAUUAAUGCUGUCACUUGCCAAGUGCCUCAAACGGCUGUAUUAAGCGCAUGCAUCACGGAUGAGAAUGAAAACAAUAAGGUAAACACUGAUGCUAAUCAAAAUGUUGUUGAACCUAAAGCUUUUAUCAAAGAGGAAAACACCAACAAUUCCUCUCCAGUCACGGUUAUAAACAUCGACAACUGUUAUGCAAAGUACAGUGCUGAAUCACCAAGUGACUUGGAGUUGACAAAUGAAACACCCAAGGAACAAGUUAGCACACCUCAGCCCAACCCACCGGAGCCAGAGAGCACAAACUAUAGGAUACUUAAAAGUAACAAAGUAAGAUGCAAUUUACAUGAGAAAUUAGAGAAAGGGAGAAGCAAGAAAACUAUUAACAAAGAGGAAUCAAAAGAGGAACCAAAGGUGACUAUUAACAGAGAAGAGCCAAAAUUAAAAGAGGAAACUCAUGAAACUGAUCUACCAUCACCAAAACAACCUGAACCAGUGCAAGAGAAACCAAAACGGCCAAACACACUCGAUUUUAUCAAACCAAAUCCAGAUAUUGCAUUUAAGCCCCACGCAGAGAGUGAGCCGUGCAGAUCCGUCUCACCGGCCCCUCCGAAACAGGAACCCCGGAAAGAGACACCCGGGACGUAUAGACCUGAGAGAGGGUUCUCCGAGAGACCGGAUCGUUUUCCUGUCAAUGUUUCAGUUAAUGUCAAUUGUCAUAUGGACUAUGGGUACGAUCCAUGGUUAGAAGAUUAUCAUAGUCCGAGACCUAUAACAUCGGUUAAUUUGACAGUUUGUACGCCAACGUCCAACAUGGCUAGUCCGGUGCGAGAUAGGGAGGAUGAUUUCGAAGGGCACGUGCUGGUGACGGUGAGCCCGAGCACGGCGCGGGCGCCCCCGCGGCGCCGGGCGCCGCCGCCGCCCGCGGGGCCGGCGCAGGAGCGCCUGGAGCCGCGGCCGACGCGCGCGGCGCCUGCGCCGCCAGAUUCUUCACAUGUUCCAGAUCGGUCCCUCAUCGAGCGUCAAAAAGAACGCCUCGGCCGCCUCGCGCGGGCGUUAGCGCAGGAGCGGACGCGUCUCGCGCAGUUGACACGAGAAGCGCGAGUUCUCGCUGCGCCUUUACCAUCGCCGGCGCAACGGCAACAGUUGAGGGAUGACGUACAACGCUUGAGGGCGCAGUGCGAUCAUCUUACUAAGCGGGUCGAGCUUUCUGCGCCGACUUUAGAGCAAGAAGAGUCGGACAACUUCUACAACAACAUCUACACGGGCCAGCGGCCGCCCGCGUCGUGGAAGUGCCACAUGUGCACCUUCCUCAACCACCCGCUGCUGGACAAGUGCGAGGAGUGCGACAUGCCGCGCAUCCUCAUAGGUACGUCGCCCGCGCUCACUCUCGACUCCGGCUUCGGCUCCUUCCGGGACAAAGCUAGGAAUAGACAAAACUUGACUGACGCUAUGGACAAUUUGCGCUGUUAAAAAAAAGUGAUUUUUUAAAACUAUUAUAGCCCGGAUGAGAGUCAUUUUACCCGAAUGUGUCAUUGAGAACUUUUAAAGUGUAUGAUUAACUAGCAUGUGCUUGUGACCUGCAUUAACAUUGAAGAUACCAACUAAAAGUGACUAUCAGUGAGUUGGUAUUUUCUAUCCCAGUUUGUGUUGUUACAGUGAAGUGAACUCUAUGAGUGGACUUUUUGCAUGACUUUAAUGUUUUGACUGGAUUAACAUUUAAUUCCUACUUUAUGUGUAUAUAUUGCUAAGAAUUUAUGGGCAGUUUUAGCAGCUGAGAAAUUACCUUAUCUUUGAGAUGGUGAAAGUAUUCAUUGAUUUUAGGGCUGUUACGAAAUGUUAAUAAUAUGGUAAUUUAAUUGAUACUGAUAAAACUGAUAAAUUAUUAACUAGUGGCCUUUGGAAUAAAAUAAGACUGAGUUUUUGAUCACUGGAUAUGCUUAUGUUUCAUAGUAUAUUAUUUGCGGUGGAGCGUUUAUCUUCCCCUAAUUUUUACACAUUUUUUUUUCUAAAUUAUAAAAGGUUUGGCGUUUUAAUUACAUUUAUAUGUGUGGUAUUUUUUUCUGGCAACUCGCCAGACAUGUCAUGAAAUAUACCUAAAUGGCAAUUCGUUAAAAAUUUAAUCAAAUUAAACGUUAGAAAUUGGAUAUUAAUCCAUUUAUGGUAAUGAAAUAAAAGCUUAUCUGGAGAUUAAAAGAUCAUCUUUAAUAUGUUUAGAUCUCUUUGUAAGGUGUUAUUAAAAAUAAGAAAAGCUUAUUUAUAUAUGCAUAAUUAAAUUCAAAAUUGAAUACAUAGGUAUUGCGAGUACAGAGGCCUUAUUACUUAUUGUUGAAAACUAGUGUUGUCUAAUAAAACAUUUCUUAGUUUGUUAAACGCACUGCCUGUUAGGGUCGCUUUCAUUUUAUUGUAUAUUGUGGUUAUUAUAUAAAAUUUACAAAGAUUAUUAGAAUUGUUAGUUUACGUAUCGACGAUAUAUUUAUUGUUUUCGUGUAUAAGUUGACUGAGACAUCACUUCUUAACUUGUCACUGAGACAUCACGAGAUCUCACUUAGACUAUCUGCGCCUUGCCAAAGUCUCCUAAAUUAUUUAUUUGUCAGGUAAAAGAGUUAUUGCUCAAAUUUAUAUUGCUCAGUUUGCACAAAUUUAAAUAGCAAACGCAACUUUAUAUAACGCACAGAUAAUCUGAAUGGCAAAAUUAGUAAAUUUUACAAAAAAAAAACUUAUGUUAGAAAAUGUGUACACACAUGGCAAGAAACAAAAGGUAGCAUAGUGCUACCAUGAAGGUGGUUCUUAACAUUUAAGGAUAUGUUAACUAAGCCAGAGAAAUUAUCUUUUUCCAAAUUCCUUAAGUUUUUGUAGAGUUAUUAAGCAUUUAUAAAUCAAGUUUUAUAGAUUGACGUAGCUUCAAUUUUCCCAUUCGUCCAUUAAUUUUACGGGAAGCUUAAAUAAAGUACUUCCAAUAAGCGUCCUAAUAUUAAUAUUUUUUUUUUAUGUUUAAAAUAAAAUAAACCUUUAUAUUUUAACUGUGAUAGAAGUAAGGCUUUAUGUCGCAAGGGAGCGUUUUAUCACUACAAUGCCUUGUCGUAUAGGUCGCCUAUACGUGACAAAAAGGUAAAUAAUAAAAUAAAGAUAAUGACAAUAAUUCCGAGAAUUGAGUGUGCAAUAUCGGGUGGUCACGUAUUGAUAUGAUUCGAAUUUAAAAUAAUUUAAGUUAGGGUUUCAGCAGGAAGGGGUCUAUUUUCGAUUCGAACACAUUAAAAAAAUGUGCCGUGUAAUAAUACAUACAAGACGGUUACGUAUUCUUUAGAAUGUGUAGAUUCUGACUUACUUUAAACCUACGAAUAGGUACCUACGAAUUUUUCGAAAUCGAAUAUAGUAUUAACAGCAAAAUUUGUAUUGUAUGACAACUUUUAGAACACAAAAUUUUCUCGCAUAGACGGAUGCUGAUACGCAAUUAUGUGUUAUCCCACAUGCAUUUUGCAAUAAGAUGGCAACUCAAAAAUUGGACGAUUAAAGUUGACAUUUUAUUGCAAAAUUCAUGUGGAAUGACACAUUAUAGCGUAUCAGCCUCCAGACAAUGUAUGAAUAAUUUUAAAAGUUGCUACUUAAAUGUUUUUGUCAGUGCAUUGAGAUUUUACGAACGUAUUGCAGUAUAUUUGUUAGAGGAAAACGUAGGUAUGUUAGUUAUUCUAAUUACCUUAAGUGACAUUUGUCGUGAAAGUUGAUAUAGAGUAUAAAUAAUGCUUUAGAAUUUUUGGCUAUUUUAUAAUAUAACUUGUCUUCAGUUAUGUUAUGAGACUUAUCAGAGAAUAUCUAAUAAACAAAAUAUACCUAUCCAAUUUUGCCUUACUACUCUAGAUUUAAAUAUAGAUUUUUAACAUAUCGUAUAACUCCACUGACAAUGACAUCAGUUCAAGGAACUUAACUUAUUAAAAUUUUAUCAAAACAACAUUAGAAGAUAACUGAGAAUUUAAAGAAAACGAACUGUAAUGUAGGUCAUACAGGACAACAUACUGGUAGGUAAAUUAGAUAUCAAGUUAAUGUAAUUCAAUAUGACAUAUAAAACCUUCAAGUCAUAUAAGAAAACAGAAUGUAAAUAAUUUUUGGGUUCAUAUGUUAUUGUCGUUUAGUACAGUCAAGUGCAAAAAUACGUAUCGAUUUUAUCCGCUCAAAAAUAUGUACCGAGACCUUAUUCCGCCGACAUAAAGUGCUAUGGGACAUAUUUUUGAUAAGUUGUACGCACCCAUAUUUUUACACUUGACUGUACUGUGACUCAUUGAGUAUGACUCAGUUCGCGAAAUCCCGUCAUAUGGCAUAAUCACAACACAAGUAACAUAACGUACAUGAAUCACAAUUAGGCUAGAUAAAGUACUUACGUAGAUCCGCCGUGAAAGCACGAUUUUUCGAUAGACUUGACGGUUUUGACGUGUGACGGAAAGCCACAAGUAUCAGAACCGUACCUACUUUUAACUUUGAUUAGAAAUAUUGAAAUUUUAUUCAAUUUAGUGUGCUUGAGCACUUUUAAUGAAUUCUUACAAACAAUAUUUA